AUGCAGUACCUCCUUUCCGAAGAUGCAAAAAUCUUCUUAAUCGAUUGCCCCCGCUCCCGCAAAGACAUCCAUAUCCCCUACGAUCUCUUGGAAGGCAUCAAAGAUGGAGAUAUCCUUAGCACGAAAUACGUACCAAUCAACAAAUAUAUCCAUCGUCCCAACACAGUAGUUGUUUUCAUGAACGAAUGCCCAGACUCUUCCAAACUAUCUCUGGAUAGAUUUGUCGCCUGGUUGCGCAGAAAGAUAGGCUGGGCACAUGCCACUCCAGAUGAAGAAGGCACAUGGACAAUGCCCCCUCCAGAAGGUGACACCGAAAGCAAGACGAUUCAGCGCAUAAAUCAAUCUCAGGCAAAAGAAUCCCGGAAAUACAAAAGUGAAGUCAUACAAGAAGCACACCGCAAACUACAGUACCAACUAGCACUGUAA